ACUCCCUAGGCGAUUAUUACAUCAUUUGCCAAUGCAAAAUCCAAAUUUCAAAUAAGCGGGAGAAUUCAAUAACUCCGCUCCACAACCCAUUAAAAACAAACCCAAUUCUAUUCACUACUGGGUCUGGUAAACAGAAAUGGCCGACGCCAAGAAAAGUAGCAGGAAACCAGUAAGCUUAAACGAUAGCCAUUAUCGUUUUCUCUACGACCUCUCUGCUCCCCCGAAGAAUCCAUCUUCUUUCGAAGAGGAAGAAGAGAGUAUGAAUCUCGGAGGACGACGUCGUCUAUGCAAAGCAUCGGCUACUGGGACCCAGCGGGGCGUUGAUGAUGAUGAUGAUCAUCAUCAAAUUCACAUGUUCUCUGGAAUUACUGAUUUUAAUUCUUCAUCUGAAGAAAAGCUAACAAAGGUUAAGAUUGAAGGGAGACGUAGACUUUGCAAAGUCUCAUCUCGAGACAAGGAAAAUGGUGGGAAUGUUGCUCCUAUGCUCGAUGAACCUAGUGUUCCUGCUAUUACUGAUUUUAAUUUUCCUUUUGAAGAAAAGGAGACAAAGGUUAAGAUUGAAGGGAGACGUCGACUAUGCAAAGCCUCAUCUCGGGAGAAGGAGAAUGCUGGGAGAGUAGCUCCUGAGCUCAAUGAACCUACUUUUUCUGAUAUUACAGAUUUCGAUUCACCUCUCCCAUCUGGAGCUACAACUCAUGCCAACAGUAAUCAGGCUGCCAAUGAAAUCAGGUAUAUUCUUGAUGAUUUGAGCUCCAGGCUGGAUCUUUUAUCAAUUGACAAAAAGAGAGACAUUCACAAUGUCAAGGCAGCUGAUGACUGUUCACAAUUGGUUGGAGUUGGAGAUAGAGAGAAGAAAGUUGAUGUGCCUCAAUAUGCAAGUGCUGACUCCUCAUUUUCUGGUACAUCUUAUCCAUCUGAUUCUUCAUCUGAAGUGAAUAAGAUUGUUGGUGGUUGCAUUGAGAGUGUUGUGGAUGAUUAUGAUGAGGUUCAUAUGUUGAGCAAGUCUAGAGCUGAUGCUUUUCUUGAUAAGUUGCACAGGGCCAACAAUUAUAGCGUAGGGCUAAUGGAGAAUGAGUAUGAAAGGGUGGAUGACAAAUUGGAAGCUGGGGGACAUUCCUACAUGUCUAAUGUUGAAAAAAAUGAGGAAAAUGUUUUGAGUCGUGAGUCCCAGGGUGACAACCAUGCCACUAGGGAGUGGAAAACUAAGACAAGUACUCAAGGACCAAAGAAAAAUGAAUCCAAAAGGGUGCAAGGGAGAUUAAGUUCUGCAAGGCAAUCUUAUGUGCCUAUUCUUAGGGAAGAAGAGGAUGAUGAUUGCUUCGUUUUGAGUGGCAAAAAGGUGGUUGAAGAAGCUGGGAGGCGUGAUAGCAAGUGCAAGGAGUCAUCUGAUGCCCCCUGUGCAAUUGAUUUGUUGGAUGAUUAUACAAAUGAUUCAGUUUUGGAGGAUGAAAGCUCCUUUUCUUUGGCUGGUCCAAGAUCUACAUUUGAACUACCAAGUAAAAUUGCAAAAAUGUUGUAUCCACAUCAGCGUGAUGGGUUAAAGUGGCUAUGGUCUUUGCACUAUCAGGGUAAGGGUGGAAUCCUAGGAGAUGAUAUGGGUCUAGGUAAGACAAUGCAGAUUUGUGGAUUUAUAGCUGGACUUUUUCAUUCGAGGUUAAUUAAAAGGGCAUUGGUCGUGGCCCCUAAAACACUACUUCCUCAUUGGAUCAAAGAGCUAUCCACUGUUGGGCUUUCUGGAGAAACUAGAGAAUACUUUGGGACCUCUUCCAAAGCUCGACAAUAUGAGCUGCAAUAUAUACUUCAGCACGAAGGCAUUCUCCUUACAACUUAUGAUAUUGUGCGGAACAAUGCAAAAUCAUUAAGAGGAGAUGGCUAUGCUGAUGAGGAAAGUGAGGGUGGUUACAUAUGGGAUUACAUGAUUCUUGAUGAGGGACAUCUCAUAAAAAAUCCUAGCACACAGAGGGCAAAAAGUUUGCUUGAGAUACCGAGUGCUCAUCGUAUUAUUAUUAGUGGAACACCAAUUCAAAACAAUCUUAAGGAAAUGUGGACGUUAUUCAACUUUUGUUGCCCCACUCUGCUUGGUGACUAUAAAUGGUUUAAAGAACACUAUGAACAUCCAAUCCUUCGCGGCAAUGAUAAAAGUGCUUCUGCUAGGGAGAAGCAUAUUGGUUCAGCCGUUGCAAAGGAGCUAAGAGAACGCAUUCAACCUUAUUUUUUACGUCGAUUGAAGAGUGAAGUAUUUAAGGAAGAUGAUUCUACAACUGCUACACUUUCCAAAAAGAAUGAGAUGAUUGUGUGGCUAAGACUUACCCGCUGUCAGAAACAAAUGUAUGAAGCCUUUUUGCAAAGUGAGCUGGUGUUAUCAGCUUUUGAUGGCUCACCACUGGCUGCAUUGACGAUUCUAAAAAAAAUAUGUGAUCACCCACUUCUUUUGACAAAAAGAGCUGCUGAAGAUGUAUUAGAAGGAAUGGAUUCAAUGCUAAAUCCAGAGGAUGCUGGUGUAGCAGAAAAAUUGGCAAAGCAGGUUGCUGAUGUAGCUGAAAGAGUUGAGUUUCAAGAGAAGCAUGACAACGUUUCAUGCAAGAUAUCUUUUAUUUUGUCACUACUGGAUGAUUUAAUUCCAAAGGGGCAUAAUGUUCUUAUCUUCUCCCAAACACGCAAGAUGCUUAAUCUUAUUCAGGAAUCCCUGCUGUCUAAUGGUUACAAAUUCUUACGCAUUGAUGGCACCACUAAAGCUAGUGACAGAUUGAAGAUUGUUAAUGAUUUCCAAGAAGGUUUUGGGGCCCCUAUAUUUCUCCUCACAUCUCAAGUUGGUGGUCUUGGCCUUACACUUACAAAAGCUGACCGUGUCAUUGUGGUUGAUCCUGCAUGGAAUCCAAGCACGGAUAACCAAAGUGUUGAUCGUGCAUAUCGAAUUGGCCAGAAGAAAGAUGUCCUUGUGUAUAGAUUAAUGACAUGUGGAACUGUUGAAGAAAAGAUAUACAGAAAGCAGAUAUUCAAGGGAGGAUUGUUUAAAAGCGCAACUGAACACAAGGAACAGAUUCGGUACUUUAGCCAGCAGGACCUUCGGGAACUAUUCAGCCUCCCAAAGCAGGGGUUUGAUAUUUCCCUCACACAACAGCAAUUACAUGAAGAGCAUGACCACCAGUACAAGAUGGAUGAAUCCCUGGGAGCCCAUGUGAACUUCCUGGAGAGUCUAGGCAUAGCAGGGGUUAGUCACCACAGUUUGCUAUUCUCCAAAACGGCCUGCGUACAAGUUGUAAACAUAGAAGAGGAAGAGAUAAGGAGAAAAGGAAAUGCAUCUGUUGGAAGUUCAUCAAGUUAUUCACUUGAGAGCAAUAAUAUUAAUGGGGCUGUGCAUGCUUUCAAUCCGAAGGAUGUAAAACUAAACAAGAAAAGCUCUUCUCCAGAUAGUGUUGGCAAACUGACGGAAUCUGAAAUCAAAGAGAGAAUCAGUCGUUUGUCAAAAUUACUUGGGAAUAAGGCUACAGUUUCAAGAUUACCAGACCAAGGAGCGAAAUUGCAAAAGCAGAUUUCGGAAUUGAACUUAGAGCUCAACCAACUCAGGAUGGAAAAAACAACUCAGAAUGAAGUUAUCGAUCUGGAUGAUCUUACUGGGGACCUUCAACGAGUGUUGAAUGUAUAGACCACUAUUAAAUGCAAUUAUGGUGUUACAAGUAAUGAAAGCUUUGAAAGCAUACUUUCUUCGGCAAGUUGAGUUGAGACUUCAACUGUGAAAUAUUUUAAUCCGUUUCACUAGGUUCAAAUGCAAUUUAUUCAUGUUGGAUUUGCCUAAUUACUAGCAGAGGUAUUGAUAGUUGUGAUUUUGAAAUUGCAAGGACUAAUAAUUGAUUUUCAUAUAUGUAUUUUGUCAUUUCAUACAUUAUCUCCGACUUAAAUAUUUGGAAAAGGAUGAAUAUUUGACGGUUAGGGAUGUUAUUUAAUUAAUUAAUUUUACU